CUCGGACUGGCAGCACCACUACUUUGACGCCGAUGUGAGCUUCGAGCCCUAAGUGACUUAGAAUACCAGAUCAUAUUUCUUCUCCUGCUCGCUUCAGGCUUUGAGUUGCAUCCAAAACACUUGAAAUUAUCUGACCGCUGAAGGCGUCUCACCAACUAUUGUUGACCCUGCUCCCAUCCCAUAUUGUCGAGACACACAGUGCCCUCUUCAAGAAUCUCAAUUGGACGAUGGAAUCACUUUUGGCCCAGAUAGAAGCGUUCGCCUCCCAGGCAGAUACUGCCGGACGCCACAAAUUACUCGACCUCCUUCGAACUCUACAGCUGAAGCUGGAGACACCGCAUGACACACUCUCAAGGUUCUCAGGAAUGCAUCUGGAGAUCACUGCAGCUCGAAUCGCCCAGGAUCUAGAGAUAUUUCAAACUCUGGCAGAAGCAAAGAACCCGAUGAGUGCUGCAGAGUUGGCUGCGAAGAAGCAAGCAUCGCCCCUGUUAGUUGCCCGAAUUCUGCGGUACCUCGCUGCGGUAGGCAUGAUCCGAGAGUCAGGCCCGGACGCCUUCACAGCCAGCGAAAUCACCCGCACGCUGGCGCAGCCUGGCUACCGCGGAGGUGUGUACCAUUUCUUUGACAACUGUGGCCCCGUGUUCCAAGCGUUCCCGUCCUUCCUCGCAGACAACAAGUACCAGGACAUCACCGAUGCCGCGCACACGGCCUUCCAGAAGGCAUUUCCCACAGACCUCCCCGCUUUCAUGUGGCUUCCAACGCAGCCUGAGCGUUUUGUUCCCCUGCAGCAGGCCAUGACUGUCCACGGCGCAGUCGGAACUCCCUGGUACACGGUCUUCCCAUUUGAGAAGGAAGCUGGCUCGUUUGGGGGAGAGGUUGUGUUUGUUGACGUGGGCGGCGGGUUUGGGCAGCAAUCAGCCGCCCUCCUGCAAGCGUUCCCACAUCUGGGUGGGAAGCUUGUCCUCCAAGAUCUCCCCCAGACACUGGAACACCUGCCUCCCGGCGUGGUGGUUCCCGACGGGAUCGAGAAGCUGCCCCACGACUUCUUCACCGAGCAGCCGAUCAAGGGCGCUCGCUUCUACUAUCUACGUCAGGUUCUCCACGACUGGCCUGACGACAAAUGCAUUGAGAUCCUCAAGCAUCUGGCUGCCGCGUCAGGACCCGAGUCCCAGAUAUUGAUCGAUGAAAUGGUACUGCCUGACGCUGGGGUUUCUUGGGAAGCUGCCACAUUGGAUCUUACUAUGAUGGCCUCACUCGGGUCCCGGGAGCGGACACUGAAGGAGUGGCACGCUCUCCUUGAUCAGGCUGGUCUCAAGGCUCUUCAUGUCUACACCUACCAGCCGCGGCGACAAGACUCUAUCAUUCAGGCUGUUCCGAAGUAGUUAAUCUGCGAAAGCCCUGGAGGAGAGCCGUUUUGCUCUGGAUGGCACCUGGCACGAAAGCUGGUCAUAAGGUCACGCUUUU